UGGGUGGCCACUCAGUCAGGUGGUGCCUUGUGUCUGCGCAUUAUAUAAUGAAAACUCGAAUAUUACAAAUCUGAGAAUGGUGCUGGAAGAUAAGAUAGCGCCUAGGAUUACGCAAAACUCCCGCCAGAAAUCCUCCUUGGCCUUGCCCACUGAGCAAAGAUACACACACGAGAGCGGAAACAAAGGGAGAAUACCCAGGGAACUAAGUGAAUGAUAGUCGUCGUCAUGCUGGUUGAAUGCCCCUGCCGUCAAUGCCCGAGGAUGCUCUGAACAGUGUUGAACCUAGAAGAAAGCGUUACAUCCGCAUCGGCAUCACUCACAUAUUUGCCCCGCAUGCAAGCGCAUCACUCCGGACGCACUGUGUCCGACAGGUAGCACCAUGGCGGAAACGAAUACACACCUCACUGUGUCGUCCGGAGGAGCUGCUGGGACGAGCAGUGGGGUGGACGGAUCUCCCUACAUACGCACAAUCGAAUGGAACAUGAUGAACAAAACCAAGUUCUUCCCGCUCUCCAUGCUGAGCUCGUUCUCGGUGCGCUGCUGUCUCUUCCCGCUGACCGUGAUCAAGACGCAGCUCCAGGUGCAGUACAAGAGCGAUGUCUACAAGGGCAUGGUGGACUGUGCAAUGAAAAUCUACCAGUCCGAGGGUGUGCCUGGACUGUAUCGAGGAUUCUGGAUAUCGUCGGUGCAAAUCGUAUCGGGCGUCUUCUACAUCAGCACCUACGAAGGCGUGCGACACGUUCUCACCGAUCUGGGUGUCGGGCACCGUGUAAAAGCUUUAGUCGGAGGCGGAUGCGCCUCGCUGGUGGGUCAGACCAUCAUAGUUCCUUUCGAUGUUAUAUCGCAGCACGCCAUGGUGCUCGGCAUGUCGGCGCAUGCCGGAUCUAAAGGGGAUAUCAAUCCUCUGGGUAUUAAAUCAUGGCCCGGCCGCAGCCGCCUACAUAUCUCCAUGGACAUCGGACGGGAGAUAAUGCGGCGCGAUGGUCUGCGCGGCUUCUACAGAGGCUAUACGGCCAGCCUCAUGGCCUAUGUACCCAAUUCGGCAAUGUGGUGGGCCUUCUAUCAUCUAUAUCAGGACGAACUCUGUCGCAUCUGCCCCGGUUGGGUAUCCCAUUUGUUUAUACAAUGCGUGGCCGGCAGUCUGGGUGGCUUCACAACGACAAUACUAACAAAUCCAUUAGACAUAGUGCGCGCCCGUCUGCAGGUCCAUCGAUUAGACUCGAUGAGCGUUGCUUUCCGCGAGCUGUGGCGGGAGGAGAAACUGAACUGUUUCUUCAAGGGCCUGUCCGCUCGCCUGGUGCAGUCGGCGGCCUUCUCCUUCAGCAUUAUCCUUGGCUACGAGACUAUCAAACGCAUUGCCGUAGAUGAGCAGUACAAGCAUCAAAUACGAUGGUAAUAAAGUGCGCACAAGACCCUCAAACCCAAACCCCAACCCAACCCAAAACGGAAACCAACUCAAAAUUGCAUUUACGCGACGUACUGAAAAACCACCAGAGGAGAUUCGUCUACGUUUGUAAAUACCAAUGAAGGAGGACAGAGCACGGGUUAACUAGUUAAAUUCUCUGGCGAUAGCAGAAAGUGGAUACCGUACACCGGUUACCGAUUACUUUUAGUAGAAUGUUUUCAAUUUGCUGGCAGCGCUAGGAUAUUCAAAUAAUGCAAUUUAAUAUUCAAAUAGCCCAAAGUGUUGCAGCUUAAAGUGUACAUUAUAUUGUUAUACUAUUUAGUCAUUUUAUACCUAACAACUAGAGGCAGAUAUAGAUUGGUGACAAGCCUAAUUUAUUAUAAAUAUUCAUAGAAAUUGUAAUUGUACUUUGAUGAUGAUGUUGAUAAUAAUGCCGUUUACAAUGGUAACCCAAUUACUUGUACUUUUACUUUUACACUACUUAGCACAGCAAUGUUUGCUCCGAAAUCAUAUUACUAUAUUAUAUUGUAUACUGGACAUGCCGAAACUAGAAAUUAAUAUCAAAACAGGGUCCCCGCUAGCAUAUCCCCUGGGGAAACAAAACACCUACUUAUACAUAGUUAAGCAUUCGUAUGUGUGUGUUCUGUGUGUUCUCCGAAUGAGUAGUUUUAGUUUGCAUAUAUUGUAAUAAAGUACAAACCAAGAAUUGUUACAUUUUUGGCACUGUGAAUACCCAA